CACACACACCCCCCCCAAAAAAACAAAAAAAGUGAAAGAAACUAGAAUGAUGCUGUCCAAACACCAUUAAAAAAGGAGAGGCCUACCCUCCUACCCUCCAUUCUAUACCAUUCCAAAUACUUCCUCAAACUUUCUUCUUCCACAGCCAAGAGUAAUUUGUAAAAAGAAGCAAAAACAAGAGAAUAAAGCGCAAAUGAUAGAGUUUAAAAAGUUAUAACACAGGAGGGUCUUGAAUGGAGGUGGGCUAUGUUUUCUAACCAAUGGAGUUGAAUAACAAAAAACUGCCGAGUCUCAUAGAGAGGGCAUGGGCUUUGCACGACAGGUUGAACCAUGAAAUCGACGACAGUAUCAGCUUCUGCAGGUAUUGUUCAGACCAUGGUCGCUAUUGUGAUAUUGGGCAGACCCCAUUUCUGGAAAGGAAGAGGUUGAUUGCCAUCAGAGAUUCACUCAACCAAGUUGAGAACACGCUUUUGCAUUUGCAGAAAUUGCAGUCUUGGCAGCUGAAAGAUAGGCAAUUGGCCCUUAGUCGAUUGGAGCAAACCAGAUCAUGUCUCAUAAAACAAGUAACACAAUAUGAAGGAAGACCCCUGGAUGUGGUGAAAGAGUUAAGUGCUUGCUUUGGCAAUGAUCAUGAGAAUAGAACCUCAAUUGACAGGGAUGUGGAGGAAAGUGUUAAGAAAAAUGAAGGUGAAAGCUCGAGGAGAAGGAUAUCUGGUUUCCUCAUUUGCUGCAUUAGAGUUUUAUUCAGGCCCUGGAAGUGGCAGAAUGCUGUUGGAAUUGCAGUAAAUUUAAUUCUGAUAUCAGCCAGCCUUUCGUCUACCAUCAAGUUUUAUCACUCCAAGCAACAACCUUAUAGUAAUUCACAAAGAAAAACCAUUGUUUCAGCUACGUAUUCAAAAGAAAAAGCAGCAGAAAAAUUAGAUAGUUUGUUGACUAUCUCAAAGAUGCCUUUGGAUGUGUUUUGUGGCAGGGGAUGAUUGUUACAUCAUUCAUCAUUAAUAUAAGAUGAAUUACAGCUCAAUUUCUUCACUAUUUUUUUUAUAAUGAUAUAUAGUCCAUUCAAGGACGAUGUACAUGUAAAAGAACAUGAUGAGCUUGGUAUUGGAAACCAUUUUUAGCUGUACUUAUAAUUCGGACUGUAGUAGUUGAACUUCCGUUCCAUACCAAACAUGCUUUUUAACUAACAGGGUGCACAUCGAUUUUUUUUA